AAAAUUCAUGAUGACAUCCAAGACGAUUUUACAAGAACUAAUAUAAGAACUAAUAUAAGCAAGAGCCAACAUAAAGGACCUUCUGUCAGUUUGGUUUGAACUCAUGUGAACCUUACGUCCUAUUCAUGAUGGCACCUCAACUUUUCCUCUGCAAUACUUCCAAAUUUUCUAGUCCAAGGCCUCAAAUCAUUGGUGAAGCAAAUCUCCUUCCCUUUUCCAGCUAACAACAUUAAUUUCCUGUUCAUCUGAUACAAGUUUUUUAGUCUUUCAUUUAUACAACUUGAUGACUUCUAAACCUUUUUUCUUUUUGGUCUGUCAAUAGGAUGACAAAAAUACGUGACACAACAAGACUGAUUUAGGUUUUACAAUCCAACAUUACAUGUUGUUAAAACUCCAAUUCUUAGAGUAUGCAUAUUGAAUUUCCCCUCUCAACAUGCAGAUUGGGGUCCAAUGUGAGCAGGGGUGUUAGCCUAAUGCACAUUAAGGAGUCUUUCCCUAACCCUAGUAACCCUUAUUUAGAAGUAACAUUUGGGUAGCUGCAACACCCAAGUGGGUAAAUUAGUUGCAACCAACAGGUAGUUUUGUGGGACUAGCAUUUAGGUGCCAAGACACUUUCUGCUAGAGGGCCAUGCUGGGACUUGGGGGACUUGCAGAAGCAUACUUUUACAUGGGAAAGAAUCAGAACCUCUUUCAAUAUUGGUGUCUCAGAGAGUAUAUUGUUGUGGAUAAAAGGAUGGAUUAUGAUGGAACUUUUUGGCAGCUAGUUUUAUAAUCUAAAUUAUGGAAGGGUGAUUGCAACAUCACCCAAAAAUAUUUUUUUCUGGUGGCUAUUUGUACGUAUAAAAAAAUGUGUGCAUAUGUUAGUAUCAUGAAGUUCCAAAUAGGUAGGAUAGGUUUAUCAUAGAUGUUCAGUCAUUUGUAAAUUUUAACUGCCAAUAUAAGGGAUUGCACAAUUGCACUAAUCUUAUUCAGGUUGACCAUGAAGAAGUUGGGAAAUAACAUGAACACAUACUACUGAAAUAAUGAAAAGGAGUAUGAACUGUUUGAUAUUCUGAAAAGACUUCAUUUAAACAUGCACUUGGGAAAUAUAAGUUCACCCUUUCCAAAAACCUGAAAACUCAAUCUGCACUUGUUGGUGACUCUUUCGAGGAAUUGUAAUACAGUCACACUCUGUUUUGGUUAUCAAGAAUAUAAUCUCUUCUUCCCCCCAUGUAUAUAAAAGCUUCAUUUUAUAAAAAACAGGCUUCUUUAAUCUAAUAGCUUAAAUUCUUAGAUAAUAAUCCAUAUGUAUCAAGCCUACCCAUGCUAAAAGCCCUAACAACAUGCUAAAAUCCCAUUCUUCAUGUAAAUAUAGGAGGCCUGCAGCAAUCUCCUUGAGGAUCCUGAACCUCUGUCCUCAAUCUCCUUGAGGAAAUUUUCUUUACAGCAACUUCUUCUCUAGUCUUUGGCAGCAACUUCUACAUUCUUGAUGGAUUAAAUGUAGCUCACAAAGCCACACACGUAUUCACUCUAAGCCUAGCCCAUUAAGUACAAUUUUUAAAAACUGUUCAACAUUAAGUAAAAAGGUCCAAUUAAUUCAGUGUCUUGAUUCAUAGAACCAGGUAGUUUUGUCUCCUUGUUCCAACAUUAUAUAGCAGAGCCAUGUUGCAAUUAACAUCAAGAAAAUAACUAGUGGGCAGAAACAUCCCUUAAUUUUCAUGCAAUAUUUUCCUCGAAAUUUUCAUAGCUAGAAAUCAUAAUACUUCAAUUCCUCUUACUUUACCUAAUGACUUUACUAAAUCAUUCCUCUUACUUUGCUAUCAUGUAGACUUAUAAUGAAGAAUGGCAAAGACUUAGAAGAUGGGCUGCAACUUGUGUAGCUAUGUAUGCUGCAUAUGCGGCAAUUCUUGUUUCAGUUUAUCAUCGCUCAAACUAUUUGGAGAGAUCAAUCUCUAAUGAAGGAGAUUAUGAACGACAUGCUUUGAUGGAAAGACUUACACUAAUGGAUAAUGAAGAUUGUUAUAAUCAACUACGUAUGGGAAAGGAUGCAUUCGCAAGACUAGUAACCAUUCUUCGGGGAACAGGUCGUCUUAGAAAUAACGCACAUAGUAAUGUAGAAGAACAAGUUGCCAAAUUCCUUCACAUUGUUGGUCAUAAUUUAAGGAAUAGAACUAUGAAAUUUUAUUUCAAGCGUUCUAGUGAAACUAUUAGUUGCCACUUUCAUCAAGUUCUUAGAGCUAUAAUAUCUUUAGAUGAUGUCUUCUUAAAGCAGCCUGAUGGAUUAAAGUGCCCUUAAGAAAUCAAGGACAAUACCAAAUUUUGGCCCUACUUUAAGGUAAACUUACUUAUCUAACAAACAUCAUUAGAAUAUUAUUUAUAUUUCAAAAUAAACUAAUAAUUUUGUUUUUUUAUAGGAUUGCAUAGGGGCGAUUGAUGGGUCACAUUUUCGUGUAAAAGUGUCAAAUGAUGUUGUGCAAAGGUAUCGAGGGCGAAAGUACUAUCCAACACAAAAUGUUUUAGCAGCAUGUUCCUUUGACUUGAAGUUCACAUAUGUUUUACCUGGUUGGGAAGGAUCUGCGUCAGACUCGAGAAUCCUAGAUAAUGCAUUAGUGAGAGAUUUUGAUAAAUUGAUUGUUCCACAAGGUAAUUAUUGGUAAUUAGAUAAUAACAUAAUUUAUUAGCUCAAGUGACUAUUACUAAUAACAAAGAUCCUUUGUCUAUGCUUCUUAGGUAAAUAUUAUUUGGCUGAUGCGGGUUUUCAGCUAAAAACUGGAUUUCUUACCCCAUAUAGAAGCACUCGUUACCAUUUAAAAGAGUAUAGUGUUCAUCAACCAGAAAAUGCUCGAGAGGUUUUCAACCUUCGACACUCGUCCUUGAGAAAUGCAAUUGAAAGAGCAUUUGGUGUUUUGAAGAAAAGAUUUCCAAUAAUAGCUAGUGGGACAGAGCCACAUUACCCUGUUGACACACAAUCUGAUAUUAUACUAGCAUGUUGUAUCCUCCAUAACUAUCUCAUGGGUGUUGAUCCAGAUGAAAGAUUAAUAGCAGAGGUCGAUAGAGAGCUUUUUAGCGAAGAAGCGGAAUUUGAAUCAAUGGUCUUGAGUUUAGCUGAAAAAUGCAAGGAAGGAGAAAUCUUAAGGGAGAAAAUAGCCAUGGAUAUGUGGAAAGAUUACAAUAGAAACCGUUGAUGAGUUCUUUUAUUUUAUGGUUCUUUUCUUGUAUAGUUUUUUGUGUUUCAUAUUAAGUACGAUGAUUGUAUUUAGAACUAUAACUCCUCUAGUUAAAAUCACACUUUGAAUGAGUUACAAAGAAGUUAUUAUUAUAUCUCCUCCUCUUGACUUUUCAUUUUAAACAUAUAUAUAUGUAUUAUUAUUUCAGAUGGAACAUAGUGCAGGCUUUGAAGUACACAAAAGUGUAAGUGAAAAAAGAAACUUGACUUGGAUUGAUGAAAUGGACAACUUUUUGGUUGAUCGAUUAAUGGAGCAAAUGCAUAAAGGGCAAAAGAUAGGAGGAGUCUUCACCAAGACAGCUUAUGCAAUGGUUGCACGAGAAAUUGGGGAAAAUUUUGAAUUGAGUUGUAACUCUGAGCACAUAAAAAAUAGAAUGAAAACUUUAAAAAAAAACUUUUAUGCUGCUCAAGAAGUUUUACAAAAUGGUAGUGGAUUUGGUUUCAAUGAAUCAACUCAAAUGAUCGAAGCUACCACGGAAGUAUGGACUACUUACACUAAGGCACACCCAGGAGCAUCUCAGCUCAGACACAAACCUAUUAGAAAUUAUGAUAAGUUGUCCAUUCUUCUUGGAAAAGAUCGAGCAACAGGAAGUCUUGCUGCAGGUGCAAAAGAAAGACAACUUCGUUGGGCCCAGGAACAAAAUUUGGAUGACACAAUUCCAUUAGGAUCAUCACAACAUGGGAUCAGAGAUGAAACAUUUGCUUAUGUUGAAAAUGAAGCAACAACUGAGACAUCUUUCUCAUCUGCAGAUGCAUCUGUUUCUGCACCAAAGUCAAACAAAGAAACAAAAAAGCGAAAAGCAAAAUAUGCUGACAUUGUAAGUGAAGAAUUAAGAUCAAUUAGAGUUGGAAUGGAUGCAGUUGUUGCGGCUCUUGAUAGAAGCAACCUUCAAAACUAUACAGAAGAGCAAUUGUUUGAAGAGAUUGCUAAGGUUGGAGGCAUGAGUGAUGUAUCUCAUAUGAAAGCAUAUCAAGCUCUUACGGGUGAUGUGAGUGCAGCUCGAGCCUUCCUUGCUUGUCCAAUUGAUAGGCGUAAGCUUUGGUUGUCAGUUAAAUUUGGACCUACUUUUUUUGAUGCCUAAUUUGAGAU